ACAAUGUCUAAUUCAGUUAGCACAGAUUUUUGCUGCUGAUCCAUACACAGUACACCUAUAGUCUAAUUUAGACCGUAUUAGUGCAAUAUAAAUAUAUUUCAGAGCUGUAAAACGUGCUCCCCCUUCCAAUCCUGCAAGACACCUCAUUUACAUUAAGCACUUUUUUUUUUUGCAUUUAUUAACUAUGUACUUUAUAUGUUUCCUCCAUCUUAGUUUUGUGUCAAAGUAUACUCCCAAGAAUCUAAAAUACUCUACUUUCUCCAAUGUGGUCCCAUACAUUUCCACCUUGCAUUCCUUACCCUUGUUUUGAUUACAUUUUUUAUUUCAUUGCUUUUGUUUUUUUCUACUGAGAACUUAAAUCCCCAUUUUGUUCCCCACUCUUCAACUUGAUUAAUUCCCUCUUGUAAUAUUUUUUAUUUAGAAAUUCACCAUUUCCUUAUUUUUUUCACAUGGCUCCAUCAGACAGGCGUGACUCACUCUGACGCAUGCGCAGAUAUAGCGAACUGCCCUGCACGCUAGUGACAUGUGGUGGCCGAAAGUAUGAAUUGCAACGGGAUGCAAUGCUGAAGUUUUUUUGUUUGUUUACAGAUGACGUCACUCGUCACGUGAUCGUGACAGCCCAAGCCGAACCGAGUCGAGCCGAAGGGCGAAUCCUGCUUUGCUCAAGACUUAGUUUAUUAUUUAUUUAGUUAUUUGCUCAAUCUAACCACCCACAGCGAGAAUUUAUUUACAUUUACAUAACAUUUCAAUGCAGAUACGCUUUAAAACGAUUAAAAAAAAGUCAGUCACAUACGAUUUUAUCAAUGUGUAGACCCAGAUUUCCUCAUAGACUUGCUCUGGCUCACAAUCGAGUCUAGACCCUACUAAUAUGGCAGACAUGUUGACGUCUCGUACAAGCUAGCAACGUCGACUAAUACAACGUCUACCUUCUUGGCUUUUUUUUUAAGCGGUAUCAGUACCUGGUACUUUAGCUCGCGUGUAUUUAAAAGCUAUUCAUUUAUUAAUUUAUUUUUUUAGCUUAGUGAGCUCUUUUAAUUUUAGUACAGUAUUAUAGUUGUUUCAUUUUUUUGUGAAUUAAGUCGUUCAAUAAAGUUUGAUGGUUCAAAGCAAAGAUGGCCACUGCCAUGUAAUACAGCGAUGUCUACCUUUUAAUUCAGGGUCUGCUGAGCGAUCGAUAACUUCAGGAUGAGCCGCUCCACCAAUCUCCUGCAGCAGAUGACCAUCUUCGUCACCGUGGUUAGCGGUGGAGGCUGCGGGAUGAUGUACUACCUCAUGCAGAAAAACUUUGCCAAAUCCGAGUACUAUCGCUUGGCAGUCGAGCAGCUGAACCAUCACUCCACGGCCAUGGCCAAUCUGGGAGCUCCUCCGUUAAAGAUCCACAACAUCCAUCUCACUGAUCGGUAUAACCGCAUCGACCACACCGUCGCCCAGCUCAAAAUCCCCGUGACUGGAAUGAAGACAGGAGGCUACCUGUACACCACAUCCAAUAGAGACGCUAUUAUGAACAGGUGGCAGCUCCAGCGAGUGGCUUUGCAGCUCAAGACCGGCGAGACCAUCGAGAUUUUUCCCAGAGCAGAAUCUGAGUAGCUUUAGUGUCAAUAAUGUGCCGAACUGUUGAUUUAAAAA